AACCACGAAAACAAGAAGACAAACCCCGAAAGUGUUCUGAAGUUUACGUUCGCUCGCUUCUUUGCUCCGUAGUUUUGCAGGUUCAAAGUGGUUUAAUAAAAGUGUAAAGUGAGGAAGAGCGAAGGGUAGCGGUUGUUUGGCGCACAGUGGCGGAGUGAAUUUAUCCGAAAACGCAGAUCCUGCCCGAUAGAACCUUCCCGUGUUCGUCCGAACUGACAGCGCGCGCCGCCGCCGCCGUCGUCGGCAAAUCAGCGCGUCGCUACGGGAGAUAAGGCAGGGGAGGAAGAGAUUUUCGACAUCCCGGAGCCGCGAAUCCGGAUCCAACGCGACAGGGAAUUCCCCUGUGUCCGUAGUUAACAGGGGCAGACGACGGAAGCAGAUUAGCGCAAGGAUGCCCUCGAAAAAGAAAAAAUAUAAUGCCCGCUUUCCAGCGGGCCGCAUCAAGAAGAUCAUGCAAACGGACGAGGAAGUGGGCAAGGUGGCCCAAGCCGUACCGGUCAUCAUCUCUCGCACGCUGGAACUGUUCGUGGAAUCGCUGCUGACGAAAACGCUGAAGAUUACGAACGCGCGCAACGCCAAAACCUUAUCACCGUCGCACAUGAAACAGUGCAUCAUCUCCGAGAGUCGGUUCGAUUUUUUGCGCGAUCUGGUGAAAAACAUCCCCGACAUGGGCAUUAACGAGGAGCUUUCGGGGUCGGAAGCGGGCUACGGGAACGACGGUACGUCACCGGCCUCCACGUCAACCUCCUCGUCAUCGAAUGGUGGCGGAGCAGGGACAGCUAGUGUGCUGUCGUAUGAACCGCAGCAACAGUCCCACCAUCACCACCGGCUCGGAGGGGGAGGAAGCGCCAACAGUGGUACGUUGCAGCGCUCGGAAUCGUACUCCCCGGCCACGGCAUCCAGUGCGUCGCACGCACCGGCAACGAAACGGGGCCUAAGCCAGAGCGGAAUCUUGAAUUUCUACAAAGAAAUACCGCUCGAAGAGGAGGAACCCGAUAGCUGUCCUCCUGCGCCACCUCCUAAGCUGACCCGCCUCAAUUCGGCACCGGCCGCCACGGCGAUACCGUACAAAAUCGAUAUACUAGCCACGGGUUCUGGUGGUGGUAUCGAUGCAGACAAACAGCACGCCGCCAGUGCGUCACCCAUUGGCUACAAAAUAGAGCCCGUCAUUAAGCUGGAUUACUCGAACCUGGUGUCGUUAAACUCUGGCGCUCCAACCGGCGAGGCAACCAGCGGCAGCAGCAACAGCAGCAGUGUCGUUCCUACUGGCAGCACCAAAGCAGCCUCUGUGCCGCAACCAACGGUGAAAAUCGAUCUCAGCAGGCUACCGAUGGCGACGACGCAAGCUACCAACCCCAUAGCAACCCCAAAGCAGCUACAGCAUCAUCCCGUGCCUUCUACGAUCGUGACGCGAACGAACGAACGUCGCGAACGGCAGCCGCCAUCAACCAGCGGUGGUGGUUCCAACAACAACAGCAGUCAGACCGCUGCCAGUGGUUCGUCGGCUUCCUCCUCCUCCUCAUCCUCACCACAGUCCACACCGACGACACCGAACAUUGGCCAAAGUCCGGUACCAACGGCACCACCGAUCUUUGCCGCACUCUCCACUGCGAUCCCUGGCAUGGACGAAGAUUACGACGAUAUUUAAAACCCUCACCCAACUCCCCACCGCGCCCAUCGAACAAAAGCAGUCCUCCUUACCCCCGGGACUGGGACCAACCGCGUGGACACGCGUCAGCAUUUACUAUAUGCUGUGUGUUUUGUGUGUUUUUGUUUGUAAGCUUUUUUUAAAUAUUAAUCUUCACAAAGAUUUCUUAUGCCAUCAUCCCCAUUGGUCCCUGGCGUCGCCGACGGACGUGUUAGUUUUGAGUUGUAAAUAGAUGCAGCGCAGCAGCGGAGCGCCUCGAGAACAAUGUCGUCCUUAGUUCCGUUUCACGUAACGGUCACGGCACGUGCGUGGCCGUAUGUACACCAUGUACACCCGUGCUACGGUUUUCUAUUGACGGUUUGCACACACAUUCGAACAAAAAUCUGGUCGACGAUAAUGCGCAGUGCACGGUAGAGCGGAGAGAAGCAAGUCCUGCACACGCUAUAGCUAUUUGUGGUGUGAAAUUAAAGUUUGAAAAAGGAAUACAAACCAAACCGUUUAUACCC